UAAACCAACAACAAUGAGAGGGUGCGCAUUGCCGUUAAGCAAAAUGGCGCCUCCACCCCAUUUGGUGAAUGGCAUAAAGUCCUUCCCUUUUCCGAUUGCUGCAACUCACUCUCUCACCAUUCACAUCCCAAAACCAAAAGCCUCCUCAACUUUCCUCUCUACCCAUCACCCAAAGCCCCAUUCACACUUCUCAUCUUCUUCUUCUUCAACUUCAGUUGCUGCCCAACAACAAGAACAACAAGAACAAGAUGAAGAAGAAAACUUUCAACUACUGACAGCUCUAAAAAGUGAUUACAAUGACAUAAUGAUAGUGGACACCCCAAAAUCCAGAAUUUUACUCCUUGAUUCAUCUCAUAAUAUUCACAGCAUUCUCUACAAGGAGCAAAAGUGGACUGGUUCCUACUGGGAUGAAUUUGCCAGCUUGCCAGCUAUUGUUCCAAAAGGUCCCAUUGCUAUCUUAGGUUUGGGUGGUGGAACUGCUGCUCAUCUGAUGCUUGACUUAUGGCCUUCUUUGCAGCUUGAAGGCUGGGAGAUUGAUCAAAUUUUGAUUGAUAAAGCAAGAGAUCUUUUUGGGCUAUCUGAUCUGGAGAAGAGAACAGAAGAUGGUGGCAUUUUAAAUGUUCAUAUUGGUGAUGUCUUCGUUCCCUCAGCAGAUUUGCAGGGAAGAUAUGCUGGCAUUGUAGUUGACUUGUUCUCUGAUGGAAAAGUUUUGCCUCAGCUGCAAGAGGUUAGUACCUGGUUGGAAUUACAUGAGAGGUUGAUGACCAAUGGCCGUUUUAUGGUGAACUGCGGUGGCAAUGAUGGGGGAUCAAGUGUCAGUGAUGGAAGUACUGAUCCAGAAAUUUUAUCAAAUGAUGAGAUAUGGCUAUUGAAUCCAACAUUGAAAGCAUUAUCCACUGCAUUUCCUGGACAACUAAGUUGGAAGAGAAUGGCAAAGGAAAAUGGUGCAAAUUUUAUGGCACUUACAGGAUCCUUGCCUGAUCUGAAAUCUUGGUCUGCUAGUGUCCCAUCUCCUCUGAGCGCAAGUGUGAAAGACUGGAGAUCUUGUGGGCUGGUUUCUGGAAUUUGAUCUUACCACUUCAUAGCUAACGUGACAAUUGUUUUGCAGGGAAAUAAGUCAAAUUAGUUUUCUGGAAACUUCUUCAAACUAUUAUUUUCUCAUUUUCUUGAUGAUAAAUGGAUAUGUAUACUAUGGCAUAAUUGCUGUGCAGAAA